AUGGAAAUUAAUCUCAAUCGUAAAAGAAGUGCCACUUCAGGUGCACUGGGUAUUACAGACCCGAACAUAAAGCCGACUAACCGUAAACCAGCAAGGGUCUACAGCAUUUCUUCUGAUAUAGUACCACAAGCUCUGACGCAUCCCGAUGAAGAUGUGCACCUUAGAAUAUCCAAAUCACCUCAAGAUACUGCUCCCAGAUGGUCACAAGUGGGAUUUCAAUCUAUUUUUCAUGAGGGCUCAAAUUCAAGACGUUCGACGGAUUCGAUUGAAGAAGAGUAUAGUCAAGGCACAGACAAUAACAAUAGCCACUCAGAAAGAGGCUCACCAAGUAGUAACCGAGUGGACGGAACCAACACGUCUAACGAUAGUUUGUUUUCUUCUACCUCAAGAGGCAAUAAGAGGCGGCUCUCCAUGUUUACCAAUUCAAAGGAGAAUAUGAGAAACAGAAGCAGGAGCGGGUCAAGGAACCCCAGCGUUGUUAUUAACGGUGCGAGUAGUAGCAGCGUAAGUAGGAGUGGCUCAAAAUUGUUUCAUACAAAAUCUAAUAAAAGUGCAAACAGCUUGCAGUCUUCGAUGUCGACAGGGCACGCUCAUUCAAACAAGGGCAACAAUGUCUUUAGUAAGAUGGCAAAGAAGCUUUUACCCUAUAAGUCGCAUAACUCUGUAGGAAAGGAUGACAUUGAACCAGUAGUUCCCAGCUCGUUUAGUAAAUUCCUGCACUCUUCAUACGGUAAACAUAGAUCACCAGUACAGUUUAUUCAUAGUUCUACUGGAGGCCUUAUUGACUCUGGAAGAUCAGUAUAUUCUUUUAACCCUAGUAUUAACAACAAUCCAAAUGAGACCGCUCUGACGCUGAUCCAAGACGACACUUUUGAUGCGACCAACGUUUCUUUAUUACAUGAUCUCCUAAAAAAUUUGCCCUCGUUGAUAGCAAAUUAUAAGAGCUUCACUGUACAGGAACUAUAUGUUCUAGAGGGAAACAUAUGGGGUAUAUACUGCAGUAUAGUCGUUGAGUUAUUCAAGAACAAGAGGGUAUGGCAGCUGCCAGCAAAAAUUGAAGACAUUGAUCGAUUACUAGAAUUUUAUAUUACAUUGAAGACACAAACCAAGGCUGCCGUUACACACUCCAAAUUUUUGACCGAAAUUGAAGAAUUUAUCACUACCUCACUUUACAUUCUAGAGAACCAAAUUGUUUUUAAUUAUGCUAAUGAAGACACCAUAAACACAGCUUUGAAAAGAGUCGGUAUAAUUUGGAAGGUAUUUUUUCAACAGGUUUAUUAUGAUAUAAUGGCAGUAUUGUUACCCUUUGAAGAAAGCUUCCAGAGAGAUAGAAACUACUGGCUUGACGGGUAUCUACCGGAAACUUCAAGGUAUACGCCUUCAACCGAUCUCUUAUUAUUGAAGUGUUUCAGAGACUCAAUUAUUCUUCCAUAUUACGAAAGCUUUUUACAUACAAAUGAUGGUGCCAGUAAGAGUUUUCAAAGAUAUAUUUUCAACGAGGAAGAACAGAGCGGUGUCACGGAGGAAGAUAAACUGACAUUACUUCAAUGUUUUGGAAUCUUGAGUACUAUAAAAGGUAACAGCAGAAAUCAAAAGAUUAUUGGCGAGCUUCUUGAAGGUAUACGCAUGAGCAUAUAA